CGCUCUCAAAAGUCUCCAACACAAAAUGGCGAUCAAGUGGUGCGUAUUUUUAAGCGAAAUUUAUGUGAAAUUAGUGUAAAUAAGUAUAAAUUUAACUCUAGUCUUUAGUUAUUGAAGUGUUCCCGAGUCUGUGGAUAGUGAGAUUUGCGGCGCCCGCGGACUUUUCACGCGAGAAUCGUGCGCUUGAAGAGAGAGUGUGAGUGCGGACUCGGGGGUACAUUGCAUCUCGAGGCACGGCAAAAAAUGCAAGGGUAGACAUCAAUCGGCAUUUAUUGGGCAGAAAAGUCGCACGCAGCAGUGAAAAUAGGCGAUUUGGGUGUGAUUUGAACCAUUGUUCCGUACUUGUGCGUGCAGUGCUGUGCUGAGAAAGGUGUUUGGCAGUGGAUGAUGGUGCAACGCGUCCCUCGUAGACAGGGAAAUGGAGUACUUCAAUGAUUGCUGAAAUAUUCCAAUUGCCUGGAUUUACCGACUCUCCGCCGUCUCGUGAAUAUCGAACCUUGAGUGCAACCCUUGCAAUGGUUAUUAACCUGCGGCUGAAGCAGCAUCAUGGCCUAGAGAAUGAUGAAAGGAACAGCACAGUCAACAGCCGAUCAGCUGACUGUUGAGCAUUAUCGCAUAUUUGGGAACUAUGUUGAUAACGGAGAUAUUACUGAUAUCAGAAGGGCGAAUCUGUUAAACACAAUGUUGUGCAAGACAUUGAAACGACAGUAUCGCCGAGAGAAUUGGGGAAAGUGAAUGAAUAGUAUUACUUUAACAUUUGACUCGAUUUUGAGAACACCACACGACUAUGAGGAGAACUUAACUUUAGAUAACGUGGUUAUGCAUAAAUUGACCACACAGGUGAAAGGAAAACAGGAGAGAAAAACUUUGAUUAAAAAUUACACAUAACUUAAUCGUAAAAGAAAAAAAAUUAAAGAUAAAGGAAAGUAGAAAUCUAAGGGACACUUUAAAGGAGAAGAAGAUAAACAACUCAUAUUGAACACUGUGAAUAAUUUAAUUGAAUAACGCUUAAGGAUUUUGUUAAUACAAAUUUUGUAGUGAAAAGUAUUCAACUUUAAGUAGACAAAGAAGUGAAAGAAGUUAGAAAAGAUCAAUGCAUCAAGGGCAUCAUAUUUAAGGAUAUAUUUGAAAAAAGGAGGAAACAUACAAUAGCUGCAUUCUAAUGGAUGGGAAUGCGCAAAAUAUGUUUCACGGAAACCAUCAGGGAGAUGCCUACUAUCGAUAUGAUACAUCUGCACCACGUCCUAUGGGCCCUCCGGGGGCAUAUGCGCGCCACAGAGCCCCACAUCCUCUGCAGCAGCAGCAGCAGCCCCAAUAUCCAUCUUAUCAGCCACCAACGGACAGCAUGUACACCAUGGGUGAUCAGCAUGCUGCGAUGGGUAGUAUGGCUGACAUUAGCUCGGCCUGGGGUGCCCCCGGACAAGCAGGGCCGUAUGGCACGCCCACAAUGGGGUAUGGCCACCCUCAGACGCCACAGCAACAGCAGAGACAACCCCAACCACAACCUAGCUAUCGCCAACACAUGACGGGAUAUCCUCAAGAUCCCCAGAAACUUCAAUUUUCUUCUCAACAAUCCAUGAUGGCAGGAAUGAUGCCACAGCAAGCUUACGGGGCGAUUGGUCAGCCCCAGCAAGCUCAACCUCAGCAAAGAGUUCCUCAGCACUACUCACAAUCUGCGGGGCAUCCAAUGUAUCCUGGGGCGCCACAGCCUCAGCCAACACCCGCUCAGGCCUACGGUGGAUAUGGUGCAGGAUUACAACACCAGAGCAGUCGAUCAUCGCAUGUCGGCUACGGACAUGCACAACUCGACCAGGCGGCAUAUGGCCAACACUUGCAGAGCACUGCUGCAGCGAGUCAUCACUUGGGACCUGGACCACAGCAGCAGGCCCAGCAAUUGCCACCUGGCCAUCCGGGGCAGCAGGCGCAAAAUCACUUGGGACAACCGUCGCAGGGGCACUUGUCCACGCAGCAAAUGCACCCAAGUCAGCAUGUCCAAUCCCACCCAAUUGGAUCGCAAUCUCACUCGCAGGCUCAUCCACAGCACAGUGGCUUGUCUAGCUUGCCAAGUUUGCAUGCGCCACAGCAGAGCCAACAAAGUACACCCGCAGUAGCGCAGCCAGGCAAUCAGUCCCAACAACCAUCGCAACAGCAGCAACACAUGACACCUCAGCCACACCCUGGCAUGGUGCACAGUCAGCAAUCGCAUCCGGGAAUGCUGCACCCUGGGGCGAGUGCAAAUCAGCAUCAGCCCACCCAGGGACAACAGCCAGGAAUUCCUCCCCACAGUCACAGUGCGGCUCUUCCCCAUCAAAUGGGUGCGCACAGUUUGAAUGCCUAUGGCGUGCCGCCACAGCAGCAACAGCAGCAGCAGCAGCAACAGCAACAAGCUCAAACCCACCCUGGUGCUCCGCAACAACCCUCGUAUUUGACGGCUGCGAAACAACAAUCGCAGCCCUCACAGCAUAGCAGUGGUAGUCCGCAAUACAGGACACCAUUCCCGCAGUUGUCACCUCAAAUGUCACCGAGACCACCUCAAAUAUCACCACACCCGCAGAUGUCUCCGCGGCCAGUGAUGUCGCCGGCGAAGCCGCAGCCGCCGAACUCAUCAUCUGCGUUGUCACCACAUCCGCAUAUAUCCAGCGUACCGAGCCCACGACCGGGCCAACAGCAAAGCAUGCCUCAGACGAAGAAUGCCAGUCCCGCUGGACCAGUCAGUACGCUUCAGGCACUUGAGCAAAUGGUGAUGCCUCCCACAACUGGGCCAGUGCCACCCAGUUCCGUCGCCAUGGAAUACCCGCCGUCGUCGUAUCGUGCGCAGCAACAUCAGCAGAUGUCGUCAAACCCACUCUCGCCAAUGGGCCCCAGAAUGCCAAUGUCGCCGCAACAGUCGCAGCAACACUGGCCACCGAUGCAUAGGCCUGGCAGUGGGAAUCACAUCCCACAGCAGCAGGCGCAACACAUGUACCCGCAGCAGUCGUUGCCACCUAUUGGGCAUGUUACAUCGCCCCAACAGCAACCGCAGCAUCCUCAAUUGCUAAGCGACCUAUCAUCGAGUUUGGCUCCAGUAUCUCAAUCCCUGCCGCCAAUCCCACAUCCAACUGGAGCAUCGAUGCAGCAGCCGCACUAUGUGACUCAACAAAUGUCGCAUCAACAGCAACAACAUGCUCAGCAUCCACCGCCUACAUCACAGCAUCAGCAGCAUAGCCAACAAUCGCAGCCGUCACAGCAAACCCAUCAACAAUCUCAAUCUCUACUUCAAGAGCAAUCUCCGCAGCAUCCACCCACAACGACCCCAUUGGGUGUUGAUGAUCAUCACCUGGGCGUUGAGAAGGUGCAUCAGCAGACUGAUGAUCUGAUGAUGCAGCAGAAGCCACAUCAGACACAGCAGCAGACGCGUGUGUCGCAGUCCUCAACACCGACACCGCAAAUAAAGAUUCCAGAUGUAUUGGGUUCAUCGCAGAAUUCGAACUCAUCUACAGACAUUUCCGGUCUGAUAGAUCCAUUUUCGGGUGUUCUUGAGCCCAUGCAGCAAGUUUCGGCUGUUCCUGUUCUCUCUGAGACUACAAUUGAGCACUCACAGCCCCCAGAGCAACACAGACAAGAUGAAAAUACUCAGGAUAGUAGCCAUCAAGAGUUAUCACAACACAAUCAGGAUACAAACAAUUCAACAGGCAAUGAACCUGUACUUACAGCAUCACAGGUGUUAGCACAAGUUGAUGAGGCCAACACUGAAUUGAGUCGAGAAAGUGGAACUUGCCACUCAGACGAGGCUGGCAAUAAGGACAUUCAUGAUACAGAGGAUAUAACCAAGCAAGAAUCAAUGCUGUCGCCAUCAUCUAAUUCAGUACAACGUCAUUCUGAGGAUAGUUCUACACAAGAGGGUCAAACGAUUCGUGAAUCUCACACACAGCAGAUUCAGCAUGAUUCACAGAGUGAUAAUUCUCAGACGGGAAUCUUGCCAUCCGUAACCACAGCUCUUGCUGAGGGUAGUGACUCAAAAGCUGCGAAUGAACAGCAAUCUGAUAGUCAGCUCCAACAGACUCAAAUACCACCGGCGCAACCAUCUGUGCAGCCAACACAGCAAAUACAGCCGGCGCCACAAACAACCCCAAGUGUGCCGUCGCAGACUCUGCCUGUCCCACCGCAGCAAUCCCAUCUUCCGGGAAUGCCGGGUCAGGUUAUGAUGCCGGGAGUGAUGGGUCAACAAGGCCAAUUAAAUCAUCCUGGUAUGCCACCUCAGACUACAAUGUACGAUCACCAAAUGAUGAUGGGUCGUCCAGGUGGUCCGGGUAUGCAAAUGACUCCCGGAAUGAUGCCGCAUCAUGGACUGAUGUCAGAUGUGAAUCCUUAUGGAUCUGGACCAUUGAUGCACCAUCAAGAGAAAGCAGCAUUGCAGCAACAACUGCAGGAGCUCUACUGUAUGCCUCCGUCUCCUGAGCAACAAGAGAAGAUCAUGCGUCUUCAGGAGAGGAUGAAUAUAUUGCAACAGCACGAGGCGAAUGAUCAGUGCAAUGGUGGUGCAACAUGUAUAUUGCAGAGUCCUCUCUACUCCUCUGCGAUGAUUGAGAGUCCUCAAGUGUCUAGUACGACUGGUCGUGGUCGUGCUCGAGGUGUGAAUAAGCCAAGAAAGCCAAGGCAAAAGAAGUCUGAAAAGUUAGCUGCUCAGGCGGCUCUCAAUACUUCUGAAUCGAGUCCAGCAGACACGAGUAUGCUUCCAACGGCUAUAUCGCAGCAAUUACCGGUGUCUGAGGAUUGUGUGACACCUGGUGCAGGGUUGGGUGAUAUGACACCGGGUAUGACGGAUGUGAAUGAUUCCGAUGGUGAGAUAUCUCAGGAUAAAACAUUUGAGGAGUUGGAUACGCAGACCGAUGAAAAGGGCAAGAAGAAGAAGGCACGAAAGCCAAGAGAACCAAAAGCACCAAAAGAACCAAAAUUGCCAAAGGAGCCGAAAGAACGCAAGAAGAGGGAACCUAAGGAUCCGAAUAAACCAAAGAAGAAGAGAGGUCGAAAGCCUGGAACUGAACCUGGUGAAAUUGAUUUGGACUCUACUGUGGACAAUUCCAUGUCGCUGGACACGACUAGUACAGACGUAGUGAAAUCAUGUGCAGUAGCUUCUGACGAAAAUAAUUCAUCAUCAAAUCAAAUUGCGCAGAAUCAAGAUUCUUCAGAUGCAAAGGAGAUAAAGCCAGUGUUGUCUGAUGAAGUGACUGACUUUGAUGAUAUUCCUGUGUCGAAGAUUCCUAUCAAGAGUCUGCUGGAGGAGGGCGCAUUGAAGAAGUUGGAAGAUGAGAGUAAUGAGAAUUCUGACAGUUCUAAGCCGGCUGACAGUGAGACUCCGACACCGAAAAAGAACAGACGCAGCAGAGGCUCGAGCGGAAAUCGACGGUACAACAGAAAUGGAGGUGCUAGGCGACCUGCAAAGACAGGCAAGAGGAAGGGUAAUCGUAUUGUGCCGGAUUCCGAUGGCGAGGGAGAUGACAUGAUAUCCACUCCGCCACCAUCACCACCUCCAGAUUCUGAAGCAGCUGACAGUUCGAAGAGGCGUAGUGCUCGGAAUACCCAGCGCAAGAAGUACGUGGAUGAUGUUAUGUUGCGAUUCUCGGACGAUGAGUCGGCUAUAACAUCGCCAUCAGCUGGCGGUACCCGCAAGGAGAAGAAGGAGAAGGAGGUGAAGGAAGGUAGUGCUUCGGCUGGCGGUGAGAAUGACAAUGUGACAACAACAGCAACAUUGGAAAAAGGUGAAGUGGAAAAACCCAUGGAGGAUUUCGGUGGAAAACCUAAUUACGUGUAUGUGAAUACCACAGAUGAGGAUUCUAUGGUUGUUCAACAUGUGUUGGCUGUUAGGAUGGGAAAGAGAGAGUUGAAGCCUGAACCUCCACCGCCACCAGUUGAGCCUGAAGUACAGAAGAGUGAAGAAAGCGAAGAAAAAGCUGCGGAAAACACCGAGUCGGCAGAUAAGACCGAUGUUGAAGGUGAUGCAGUGAAGAUGGAAGUAGAUUCCCAAGAAGAGGACAAAACUAAGGGUGACAGUGAGGUGGCAGAACCUGAGAAGGACAGCAAUGAAGAUGAGGCUAAAAGCGAGAAUGACAAUGAUGCAGCUACUCCGACUGAAACCGUGGAGGAAGAGAAGGAGGCUGCGUCAGAUGAAAAGGAAGAACCUGAGAAAAUGGAGGUCGAUGAAGCGGAGAAAGAAGAAACUGAAGACAAGGAGGAUGCGGAAGAGACCAAGGACGAAGAAAUGAAAGAAACCACUGAGGAUCCUGUGAAGGAUAGCAAGGAUGUGGAUAGUGAGGUAGAGGCGGAGGAUAAGGAAGAAAAAGAUGAAGAUGUGAAAGAGUCUAAAGAUGAGAAUCCUAUAAAACAAGAUGAGACGACAGGAGAAAAGACGGCUGAACCUGAAGUGAAGCCAGAGCCCGUAUUUGUGGAUGUGGAGGAAUACUUUGUGAAAUAUCGAAACUUUUCGUAUUUACACUGCGAAUGGAGAACUGAGGAGGAGUUGUACAAGGGUGAUCGAAGAAUUUCGUCGAAAAUCAAGAGAUUCCACCAGAAACAAUCGCAGCAAAUCAACAUUUUUGAAAAUCUUGAAGAGGAACCCUUCAAUCCCGAUUUCGUUGAAAUUGACCGUAUUCUAGAUGUGUCAGAGCACACAGAUGCCAAUACAGGGGAGAAGACAAAGCAUUACUUGAUAAAGUGGAAGAGUUUGGCAUAUGAAGACUCUACGUGGGAAUUGGAGGAGGAUGCGGAUCAAUUGAAGAUUGAACAAUAUGAGAGGUUUAACAAGAUGCCGCCUAAGAAUGAGUGGAAGCCAAAGCGACGACCUCAUCCGGAUAUGUGGAAGAAAUUGGAUAAGACACCAGUUUUCAAGGGAGGCAAUUCUCUGAGGCCAUAUCAGUUAGAGGGAUUGAAUUGGCUGAAGUUCUCAUGGUAUAAUUCCCAUAAUUGCAUCUUGGCCGAUGAAAUGGGUCUCGGCAAGACGAUUCAGAGUCUGACAUUCAUCCACUCUGUGUAUGAUUAUGGAGUGAGAGGUCCUUUCCUGGUCAUUGCUCCACUGUCCACAAUUCCCAACUGGCAGCGUGAGUUCGAGGCGUGGACUGACAUGAAUGUAAUUGUGUACCACGGUUCGGUGACAAGCAAGCAGAUGAUUCAAGAGUACGAGUUCUACUACAAGAAUGACAGUGGGAAAGUGAAUAAGGAUUUCACGAAGUUCAAUGUGUUGAUCACAACUUUCGAAAUGAUUGUGACUGAUUAUGCUGACUUGAGGGUGUUCAACUGGCGAGUGUGCGUGAUUGAUGAAGCUCACAGGUUGAAGAAUCGCAAUUGUAAGUUGCUGGAGGGAUUGCGGCAACUGAACCUGGAGCAUCGGGUGUUGCUCUCCGGUACACCAUUGCAGAACAAUGUAAGUGAAUUAUUUUCUUUGCUGAACUUCCUGGAGCCCAGCCAAUUUGCCAGCAGUGACGAAUUCCUGAAGGAGUUUGGCAGUCUCAAGACCGAAGUGGAAGUAGAGAAACUCCAAGCGCUACUCAAGCCGAUGAUGCUGCGUCGGCUGAAGGAUGACGUUGAGAAGUCUUUAGCGCCGAAAGAAGAGACAAUAGUUGAAGUGGAGUUGACAAAUAUCCAAAAGAAGUACUACAGAGGAAUUCUAGAGCAGAAUUUCUCAUUCUUAACGAAGGGUACAACAACUGCAAAUAUUCCCAACUUGAUGAACACGAUGAUGGAAUUGCGCAAGUGCUGCAUUCAUCCAUACUUGCUGAAUGGUGCUGAGGAUCAAAUUCAGUAUGAGUACAAGAACACACAUGGAGAGGAUGCGGAUGCUUACUACAAGAAUCUGAUAUAUUCAUCGGGAAAGAUGGUGCUCAUUGAUAAGUUGUUGCCAAAGCUAAAAGCGAACGGUCAUCGAGUGUUGAUCUUCAGUCAAAUGGUGCGAUGUUUGGACAUUCUGGAGGACUACUUGAUGUAUAGAAAGUAUCCAUUUGAGAGGAUUGAUGGAAGGAUUCGAGGUGAUUUGCGCCAGGCUGCCAUUGAUCGCUUCUGCAAACCUGAUUCGGAUCGCUUUGUAUUCCUCCUGUGCACAAAAGCUGGUGGUUUGGGCAUCAAUUUGACUGCUGCUGACACAGUGAUCAUUUACGAUAGUGACUGGAAUCCACAGAAUGAUCUCCAGGCUCAGGCGAGAUGUCACAGAAUUGGACAGCAGAAAAUGGUGAAAAUCUAUCGGUUAUUGUGUCGCAACACUUACGAGAGGGAAAUGUUUGAUAAAGCAUCACUGAAAUUGGGUCUGGAUAAGGCAAUUCUGCAGAGUAUGAAUACAUCACAGGGAAAAGACAGCAACAAUAGGCAACUGUCGAAGAAGGAAAUUGAGGAUUUGCUGAAGAAAGGCGCAUAUGGAGCUAUAAUGGAGGAAGAUGCAGCUGACAAGUUCUGUGAAGAGGACAUUGAUUCAAUCUUGAAGCGACGCACUCAAGUUAUCACGAUGGAACAGGAGAAGGGCUCGACAUUCUCGAAGGCGUCAUUUGCCAUGUCUGGCAAUCGGUCAGAUAUCAAUAUUGAUGAUCCUGAUUUCUGGAAAAAGUGGGCGAAGAAGGCUGACAUUGAUCCAGUGCAGGAGCGUGACGAGAAGGAGGAUCUCGUUAUGACUGAACCACGGAGGAGGACACAAAUCAAGCGAUAUGGUCACGAUGAGAGUGUCAUGGAAAUGUCUGAGGAUUCAGUGACCGAUACAGAUGAAGAGGGACUUGGAGUUGGACUGAGAAGCAAACGGCGCAGAGAUAAGCGUGCUAAGGAACGAGCAAGGAAUAUGGAGAAGGGCAAUGAGGAUUACAUGCCAAGAGAUCGAGAAGCACUGGCAGGUCUGGGCAUCGAUGACGUGGCCUAUGGCAAUUGGGCGCGUUCUGAGUGUUUCAAAGUGGAGAAAGGUUUACUCACUUAUGGCUGGGGGCGAUGGUCUGAAAUACUUGAGCACGGUCAAUUCAAGCGCGGAUGGAGGGAAAUUGAGGUGGAGGAACUGGCUCGAAUCAUUCUGCUGUAUUGCCUCAAAUGCUACAAAGGAGAUGAGAAGAUCAAGAACUUCAUAUGGGACUUGAUAACACCAUCUGAGGAUGGAGAGGAGCACAAAGUUAGUCGAAAUCACAGUGGAUUACACAAUUUGGUGCCACGCGGUCGCAAUGCAAAGGGACGAAAGGGUAAGGGCAACAAGGAAUCAGCAAUGCGCGAGGCGAAACUUCAGCAACAGGCGUCAACAUCUGCUUUAACAGCUGCAAACUUAGGAAGUGGCACCUCCUUGACCCUCGCCACUCCGUCUUCUUCAACGGCAUCUUCAUCAUCGUCCACUCCAGUGAAUCCCACCCCACCGAUAACUGGAGGACCUCCACGGGAUGGGGAUCCAAAUCAUUGGAGUCACGAUGAUAAAUAUGACACAGACAUUUUCCUCGAGAGCAGCUAUCGAAAGCAUUUGUCGAGGCAUGCCAACAAGGUACUCCUGCGUGUGCGGAUGUUGUACUACAUUAAGCAUGAAAUAAUAGGGGAUUUGGUGCAGCAAAUCAACGAUGGUGUCAACAUAAGCGAUCUCCCAAUUCGCCCGCCACUUACCAGCGAUCAGAUGCCAAGCUCUUGGUGGAAUCCAAAAUGUUGUGACAAGAGUCUAUUGGUUGGAACGUAUAAACAUGGCUGUGAAAGUUAUCGUCAGAUCCGGGCAGAUGCAACGCUUUGUUUUCUGUCUCAUUGUGGUCCACCGGAAGAUGGGGGAUUUUCAACGGCAAAUUUGGAAGAUGACACAAACUCGAAGCACGAGGAGGGUGAUGAAGGGGAAGAUGACAUCGGCUCGAAGGAUGAUCAUAGAGCUUCAUCGGCGACUGAUUUGAAGGAUAAUGAUCUCGAUCGCCCGAGUAGUUCAGGAAUUGAAGAUGACGAAGCAAUAAUUGCUGCAACAUUAGCUUCUGAUGAUCCUCACACUUGGCCGACUAUGCAAGAUCUCAACACGCGUCUUCGUCGUGUGAUAACGUCAUAUCAGAGGAACUACAAGAAGGAGGAACUGAAGCAACAGCAAAAGGCAAAGUUGCAGGCUCUGGUGACACCGUCAAUGUCUGCCAGCUCUACUCCCACAUCGAUGGGGGGCAUUUCAAUUUCACCAGCGUCCAUGGCAACGAGCGUGAGCAGCACUUCAACGUCGGCUGGACAUCAAAUGGCUGGAAGUUCUGGACAGUCACACCAGGGUCAACAGUCGCAUCACCAUCAGCAGCAGCAACAGAAUCCACCCAUGCCCACAGCCGCAGAUUUCUCACUAAUGCUGAGCCUCGGAUUGGGUCUGAAUCCCGCCGAUGCCAGUCAAUUGGCUAAUUGGGAUAUCUCUAAAUUGGCCAUGUAUUUGCAAAAGAUGGGACACCGUGAGAAGAUUGAGCAGCAAGUGCGCGAAAAGGAGCGAAUGCGUCUGGAGUCUGUGCAAAAGAAGUGGAAUCGUCGCGAAGAGAAUGAAUUCUUGCGUGUGCUCACUGGUUAUGGAAUAGAUUUGCAACCGUGCACAACAAUUCCGACGCCGGAUUGGACGAAAUUCAAGUCUUUGGCAAAGUUGGAAAAGAAGAGUGAUGAGAGCAUGUCUGACUACUAUAAAGUCUUCAUUGCGAUGUGCAAGAGACAAGCGAGUGUAAAGCUGUUGGAGGAUGAGAGAGGACUCGAAGGGAUUGUGGAUGAUAUCAGUGAGGAUCAUGCAAGAUUGAUCUUGGAUAGAUUGGAAUUACUGUCGAAACUGAGGGAAUUAGUGAAGCAUCCGAAAUUGGACGAGCGCGUGUACUUGGCGCAAAAUAACUAUGACACUCCGGACUGGUGGGAGUCUGGAAAGCACGACAGGGAACUGGUGAGGGCAGUCCUGAAGCAUGGAUUGUACCGAUCAGAGUACACUAUUUUCAAUGACAGUGAGUUCUGCUUCUACGAGGCUGCUAAGAAGUAUGAGAGGGAGCUCGAGGCACAAAACCAGAGAGCACUCAUGAAAAUGGAGGCAGAAUUGUUGAAUCUCGAGAAGAAGGAAUCGAUGUCGCUGAAGGCGGAAAAACCCGCUGAAUCAUCACUGAAAAUUGAGAAAGUGGCUGUAAAAGCGGAAACUGCAGAGGUUCCUAGUGAAAAGCCAGAAGCAGAGGUUCAGGAAGAGAAGCAAGAUAAAGAGAAAACAGAGGAAGAGGACAAACCCGCUGCUGAAUCGGUCGAAACUCCUCGUGAAACUGAAGAGGAGGCAGCGAAGGAGGAUGAGCCCAAAAUAGUAGAAGAGAAAAUAGUAGAGGAGACAGUGAAAGAGAAGGAACCAGAAGAGAAAAAGUCUGAGGAGAAGGAAUUGGAGUCAGAGCCUAUGAUUCAGGAUGAAGAAGAGAAGGAAGCUGCAAUUGAGGGCAAAGAGGAGAAAUGUGAGGAGAAGGAACAGCAAGAAGAGGAAGAGAAGAAGAAGGAAGAAGAGAAAGCUCCCAGUCCAACAGAGGAGAGCAAAGAUGUGGCAGAGCCUGCUAAGACUGGUGAUGACGAGGAGAUGAAAGAGAAGGAAAAGGAGCCGGCUGAAGUUGAAGCAGAAGUCAAGUCUCCCGAAGAGAAGGUGCCUGAGAAGGCACCAACACCAGAAUGUCCACCGGAAAGCAGUCCGCCCAAGAGCGUUCCUGAGCAGCGCAGUGAGAAAGAGAUUUCAGCUGAGGAGGAGUGCAGCAAGCAAGCUGCGGAACUGAAGGCAAGAUUCCCCGACUUGGAAGUGAUACAACCUGUUGUGAAGCCCCGAGUGAGUGACAUAUUCCCGAAGGAACUCUUGUCGCUGAGAGAAAUCAAACCAAUCAUUCCGAAGCUUCUGUCGAAGCAAAUCCUCAUCAGAUGGUUCCGUGAUUUUGCACUGGAGAAGAGGAUCAGUCACAUCAUUCACAGUGUGGAGAAGGCAGAAUGGCCGGUGGGGAGGUCAUAUUCUGCUUACACAGGAUGCCAAGGCAUGGACUUGGAUGUGCCACUUUAUGAGACUGUGAAGCGAAUUCCAACGGCGAUUGAUGUGAAUCUCGCCGCUGCGGCUGCUGCUGUGGCAAAUGUUGGUUUGGGUGGUCGCUCAAAUACACCCGAUGUCAUCACAAUCACCACGGAUCAGGGGUUGUCGAAGCAACUGCAGAAUCCCAACUUGGCCGGCCUGAAUGCGUCGGUGGGCGGUAGUGCUUCUGCUCUUAGUCAGAGCAUGGCUGCUGCUGCAGCGGCUGCGGUAGCGGCGUCAAACAAGAAGAGGAAGAGGCAUAUUGCAAUCGAUGUGGAGACAGAGAGGGCAAAAUUGCAUGCUCUUCUCAACAAUACACAAAAUCCAGGAGGUUUGCAAAAGCCUGCCUGGGGCGAUGAUGAGUCCAAUGAUUCCCGAAGGAGUUCAUCAUCUAUGUCUCUGCAACCACCGCCGGCGCAUCAACAUCAGCCGCUGAAUAGGUCGACCAUGUCGUCCUACAAUAAACCGACAGUCAUACCUGGUACUUCGAGUACCCUCACGCCGAUUGAUUUGUCUUCAAGUUUGCCGAAAGUGAACAUGGCGGACAUGAUUAAGAAUCCAAUUGAUUUGAGUGAAGUACAAGACUUCUCCAUGUCGAAGGCUAAAUCUUCAUCUUCAAGCGCAAUGGCUUCAGCGUAUGGCAAUUCGUCAUCAGGCAAAAGCAAAUUGGAUAAUAUGCUGACGAAAUUGAUGAAGAAGAACAAUUGCCAGCCCGUUGAGGAGCCUGUGAUUGGGAAGGAGAAGAAGCGAAGGAAGUUGGAUGAGAUUGUGCUUGGAUUGUCAGCAGCCCAGGAGCAGAAAAUGUAUCCAGACCCAUCACCACCGAUGUCCAUGAAGAAGCCUCAGGUGGCUCCGAGUGUCUCUGUGACGCCAGCCAGUGGACCAUCGCAAUCGUCAUCUUCUAGUGCCAACCAGAAACCAUUUACCAUUACCGUAACAAGUGUUCCAGGUAAAAAACGAAUGUCAUCGAGCAAAGGGGCAUCCAUGAAGAAUCCUCCGGUGUCAGCCACAACGGGAUUGCAAGCUUUGCAAAAUAUGGCUGGACUUGGCGGUGUGUCAACCAAAGAUAUGAAUGCAUUCCUGGCGGAAGCGGCAAAGGCGGAGCAGCAGCAACAGCAGCAAAUGCUGAAGCAACAUCAGAAGCUGCUGCAACAAUUACCGGCAUCUUCGCAGCAGAGGAAGGCAUAUGAGGCGAUGUUUGCUGAAAUGAAGCACUUGAGCUCUUAUCUUUCCAGUUCGAAAUUGGGUUCGUACCCAACGCACGAUGCUAAGGUGAAUAAGUGGUUGGCUGAGCAGAGCGCUGCAUUGACGGAGGAAGCACUGGGAAUGGAUUACAGAUCGCGUUCGCGAUCACGACAACAGUCAACGCCAACAUUACAGGAUAAUAUCUUCAACAGAAAGGCUCUGACAGGAGAGGAGAGUGUUCCCGUGAUAAAUAAGAUUACAGGGAAGAGACUCACUGGAAAUAAGGCUCCACAAUUGAAGAGAUUAACGCAGUGGCUGACUGAGAAUCCAGCGUAUGAGAUUGAUCCAAAGUGGCUGGAGAUGACACAGAAUCCUCAAUCGCCGUCACCCAAACCAUCACCAUCAGAGGCUAGUACUUCGUCGUCUUCCUCGUCGAAGGCGCCACACCGUUCGUCUGCCAAUGCGGGCGCAUCCAGUUCCAGUGCUCACGCUCAGGCCAGCAGUGCUGCCAAUACGUAUGGUGUGCAGUCGCAAUCCAUGCCGUCCACGUCGAAGAAGGGACGAUCGCAUGAUUCAUCAGCCGCCCUGACAAAUGCCGCAGCUGCGGCGGCGGCAAUGCAAUUCCCUGGCUUGGCUGGCCUGAAUCCCAACUUGUUGUCCAGUUUGCCUGGAUUGGGUUCAUUUGAUCCCAAAAAUCCACUUCUCAUGCCGUUCGCGGGAAUGCCAGGCUUGGCGGGUAUGAGUGGCCUGGGAAAUCUCAACAAUAUGAAUCUCUUUGCCAACCUGGCGGGUCUGGGACUGAGCAAUCUGGCUGGAUUGGAUCCGCAGAGUCUUGCCACGAUGAUGGCGGCCGCUGGAGCGAGUGGCGGUGGAAGCACAAGCAGCAGCUCCAAGUCGAGGAAGGGUGAUAGUGGCAUGUCGUCAUCGCAGCAGCAGACUUCGCAGAGUCAAGCCACUCCGUCGACAUCCAAGGCGUCCUCCAGUUCGGCGAGCAGUGCCAAUGCGGCAGCAAAUGCUGCAUUCCCGUUCUUGUUCCCAAAUCCCAGUUUGCUGUAUCCACUGGGAUUGCCGUAUCCGCUGACUCCGGGCAUGUCGCCGUACGAUCAACUGGCAGCGCAGUACAGCCUCUUGAACGGAGCCGGAUUGGGAUCUGUGAGCUCUGGCGCUGCCUCGUCAACAACCACAUCAUCGCCACGACAGUCAAAUUCCAAGUCGUCUGGAGCAUCUGGUCGCGGCAGCGGCGGUUCACAGUCCAGUGGAGCUUCGCCCAGUGGCAAGACGCGCAGUUCUUCAAUGUCGUCGCGCGUGGAUACGAACCAGCUGCAGAGUUUGCUCUCUCCUCAUGAUCCACACCUGCUGGAGUCACUGAGUCGUGUCACGGGUCUGGAUAUCACUCAAUCCACACGCGCAAUGGCGGGAAGUUCGAAGAUGGACUCGAAGAUGACAAGGGACAAUUCACUGGCAGCCACGAAGGAUGCCAUGGAGAAGCUGGAGAAGGAGAGGCGCAAGUUGAUGGACAACUUGUCGAGGAGUGGCUUCGGGUCUGAUUUGGCGGCUAUGCAGGCCUUUGCUCAAGGGAAACUCCCAUCGACAUCUCUGACGCCAUCCACAUCGUCCAAGAGUUCGAAGAGCGACAGCCUGCCGAUCCCGCUGCCGCCGGACUUCAGUCAGGCUCUAUUUGCUGAGAUGGCAGCGGCAGCUGGUGUGAGUGUGGGCAGCAGUGGAUCGACAUCGUCGAAGAGGAGUCGGGAGCAGGUGGAUCUGAAGGACUCCUUCGAGCACAUGAGCAAAGCUCAGAUGGAAAUGUUGGCUCGCAAUUUGGGCAUGAGCUCAUGCAUUUCUCUGAUUCCCACUUCGACGACAAGCACAACGUCCAUGGCUGGAUCGAGUCAUGGAGAGGACAAGGGUGGGCCGUCAAAGAGGAUGCGCUCGAGUGAUCAUCACAGUUCGAGCCACAAGUCGGACGAGGCGAUGCCACUGGUGAUGGAGGAUAAGAUUCACACGAGAUCUUCCAGGAGUAGCAAUGACAAUGCGGCAACUAUUGAGAAGGUCACUGUUUCGCCUGUCUCGGGAGUGAGUCUGUCGUCUCUGCCCUCACAGACGACCAUUACAAUUGCCCCGUCGCCUUCGGCUCAUGUCUCGCCAACGGUGGCGCAUCAUAGCAGCGGCGGAGCCUCCAGUUCGGCCACGGUGACAUCCCCGUCGAGCUCCGUUGCGGCGGUGCCUGAGAAUCUCACCAAGUCAGUCACGGCGCCCACGGAGGCGCCAAUUGCCACGACUUCGCCUAGUGUGACCCACGAGAUGGACUUGGAGGAUCUGAUUGCGCCGUCAAAGGUGAGUAAGGGCGGUGGGAUGCUGGUGGAGGAGAAGAGCCCAUCCGUUGAACCUGUGGUGGAGAAGAAGGACACUCAGGCGGCGGUUGAGGAGGAACAGCCGCAGCGGGCAGUGAGUCCGGAACACGUGGCGGAGACUGAGAAGAAGCCGGCUGCUGGAAAGCGCACGCGCGGCAAGCGGCCACGCUCUGGGGACGACCUGGAGGCCUUGGCAGCACUGCAGCAGCCCGAGCGGAAGCGCGAGUUGCGAUCGAGCGCCGGAAGGGCGGCAGCCGCGGCGGCGGCGAGGAUCGCGGCGGAGCGCAGAGCGGCCGAGGAGUCGCUGAACUUGUCGACGAGCGACGAGAGCAAGACUUGACUAAAGACCAAAUCUCUUCGGAGGCAUUGAGGGGCACCGGGGGGAGGUGGGCGCGCCAGGAGGGCGCGGAAGAGGAGGUGGUGAGAUGAAUUUAGGCAUUGCAAGCUCUUGAUAUUGUGUAAUAAAGGAAUUAUUUAUUUUUACCUAAUUUCCCUAUCGAAUAAGUUUGUAAUGAAAGUGAUUGUGUGAAGUAAUGAUGGACUUAUUGUAUUAACAUGAAUCAAGCAGUGUUCAAAAUGUCAAGUGUUUUUCCCUAAAGGUUCUCUCCGAUACAACAGCUUAGAUUUUAAGGAAUUAGCGGUGGAAGGAGUGCGGGCGGAGGAAGGACGUUUUCCGUGGUAAAGAUAGUGAUGAUAAAGUGACUGCAUAUAGGAAAAAAUACAACUGUUUUUAAUGGAAUGAGAAUAAAAGAAGAAUUGGGAAAAUGAAGAGAAGGAAGAAAUCAUACAAUGAACCAAUAUUGAAGAAGAUAUUCUCUAGAAGUAAAGCUAUUGUAAUAAUUCUCCCUUUUAAUAAUUAUAUGAAGAAAAAAAAAUUAUAAUGAAUACAGAAAAAUAACUUAAAAAUUGAAGUGGAAAAGUAGCGGAAAGUUGAAUCAAAUUUAAUUGUAACAUUAUUGAUGAAAAAAAAACUAAGUAUUUAUACAAUUGCAAAGGUAAUGAAUAAAUCAAGAAAUAUUCUAUAUAAUCGGAUACGCAAAAUGCAUUUCCGUUCUCUCACUAUCUUGUAUUUUUUAAGAAUCACAUACUUUGAAAAAGUUUUUUUUUAAUUUAAUAGAGUAUCUCUCUUUUUCUAAUUUUUACUACCCUGUUUUAUAAUUUAUAUAUCUGCAGGACGUCUAAGGAAAUUUACAAACAAUUUUUUUUCUCAAGAAGAAAUGAUUGUAAGGAAAGCAUAAAAUAUUUUAAACGUAGUUAUAUAACAUUAUGUGACUUAGAGAAAAAAAAAUAGACAAAAAAUCAUCUCUCAAGAGAUCAGAAAAUUUUAUUCGUAUUUAAUAAUAAAUGAAUUUUGAAUGAGUAAUAAUACUUUACACACCUAUUAAAAUACGAUAAUAAAAAGAAUAUUGUAGACAAAGUAUAAUAAAAUGAAUAAAACAA